GCGACGUGUCGUUCUAUUCACUGAUAAAUUGGAAUCCGACAAGCCCUUCUUAAAUGGAAGAAGCGAAAGACGAAACGGGAACUGAAUCCGAUAGUUUCUGCUUCGCCGAUUAGGUUUCUGGAGUCGGAGGCAACUAGGGUUAUUCUCAUUUGGGGAAGGAGUUGGAGGGGGAUUUUUGAAGGAAGAAAUAUGCUUCAGAUCCGGCUUAGCAAAGUUCCACAGGCCGAAGGUGGUGGUGGGGCAGUGAAACCCUUGCCGGCGGAGACUGUGACGGUCGCAUGCCCUGACCACCUCGUUCUUGCCGAUCUUCCUGUAGCAAAGGGCAUUGGUGCCGCUACUGCUGCUUCCAUUGUCAAGUCUGUCGGUCGCAGGUCUCGCCGUCAGCUUGGAGAACGAGUUCAUUUUUGUGUCAGAUGCGAUUUUCCUAUUGCAAUUUAUGGUCGCCUGAGUCCUUGUGAGCAUGCUUUCUGUCUUGAUUGUGCAAGGAGCGAUUCUUUAUGCUACCUUUGUGAUGACCGUAUCCAGAAGAUUCAAACUAUAAAAUUGAUGGAGGGAAUCUUCAUUUGUGCAGCCCCACACUGUCUCAAGUCUUUCCUUAAGAGGACUGAAUUUGAAUCUCAUAUACAUGAGAGCCAUGCUGACCUUCUUAAGCCAAAUGCGGACAAGGAAGAUGGAAAUGACAUUGAGGCUAAUAGUGCCAAACAAUCUACAGCUUCUGAAUCCACAGUCCGAGGUCCAUUGAGACCACUCGUAUCUCCGGGUUCCAAUUCCCAGCCUCAAGAACGUGAAGAAAAGUUUCAUCGUCAACAGUCUAGAGACCAACCAAGAUCUGGCAUGCAGCAAAAGCAAACGCCAAAUUUUGGUCCGAACCAAAACAAUACAUCCGAGUCUCAACAAGACAGCGGUCAUUCACAAGGCUUUGAUCGACAUGGCCCUCAUGGCCGUUUCCCCCCACAAAAUUUCGAUGCACAGGGUGCUCCACAUCAGGACUCCAGUCAGUUUUCAGAGAAACAGCAAGGAAUUCUAGCUGAUACUCCAUAUUCUCAGUAUCCUCCUUUGCAAUCAAUUCCACCACCAAAUUAUGUGGUACCGGCUAACUCUAAUCCAAUAUUGACGCCCCCUCUUCCAUUUGGUUAUCCCCCUUUUCCAAUUGAAGGAGCACAACAAUAUUACAAUACACCCUAUGAAGUGUCACGGCAAGACACUGCAGCAGAGACCGGAUCCGAGCAAGGGUCACUGCUAGGCUUUCCACCAGGUGCAGCAGGAGGAAUGAAUUUCUCAGCAACGUAUCCGCAGCCUUGGAAUACUGGGCAAGGCGGCAUUCCUUAUGAGCAUGCUGGUGGAGGUCAAGGAAUGCCUGAUGCUUUUGCUAAUACGCCUGAUUCUCAAGGAAAACAUGGAUUUUAUCAAGGAGAUUAUAGACGCAGCCCUGGACGUAUGCCUGUGAAUUCUUCUGUAGGUAAUGCGAUGGACAUAAGGGAUGGUAAAGGUAUAUUGGCACCGCAACCUCUAAUACAAUUACCUCCGCCUCCACCGCCCCCGCCGUACAUGUCCCAUAACAAGCGGGUUAAGUUUUAUUCAGGAGAUAUGGAUCAUGAUGGGCAAAGCCUUGGAUGGCAGAAUGACAGCCAUAGCCGAGAUAGCUUUGGAAGUGGCCAAGACUGAUUUUUUACACAGCAUUAUUUGUUUCCUUUGCCAAUAGUUCCAAUCAUUGUUUAUCAAAAUUUGCAUCAGCUUGAGAAUGUCCGUGUAUUUGAACUUGAUGCUCAAUGGUAAAAGUUUUGCCUUGGAGGCCUUUCCAGUAUAAACAGGGUCAUUUGAUUGGUUCAA